AUGCGGGGGUGUGGGGUCUGGGGAAGGCGUGCGCUCUGUGCCGUGCCUCGGGACGGCUGGCUGGCUUUUCAUGGCUUCGCCAACAUCCUUCUCUUCCUUCACACGUCGUCUUCUCUCUCUCUCUUCCAUCCCUCUCCCUCUCUCCCUCUCUCCCUUGGCCUUACUUGCAUUUUACCUGAACUUCUCAAAAUAGUUGCCGAAACAAACUCCUGGACCAUGCCACGCCCACGUCAGAAGCGAAUAAGGUCCAUAGAACCAGAACCUGCUCCAGAGUUCGAGAAUUGGGAGGAAUUAAAUGAGACCACGAAAAGGCGCCUUCGUAACCGUUUAUCACAGAGACAUUUUCGCGAGCGCAAGUCCAUGUAUAUCAAAGAGCUAGAGGAACGAACGAAAAAUGCCGCUCAAUCCGAAAGUGAAAGGAACCAGACGUUGAUCCGAGAAGCUGCGGAGCUACGAGGUGCAGCGUUGAAGGCCCGAUCGCAAAUUUUGAAGAUCUCCGUUGCUUUGAAUUGCAUCGGUGCCGAAGUUGGCAGAAUCCUGAACGUGCAAGGCGCUGAAGAGUUGGAGCCUGAUGAGGAGAUGAGUGGUCGAGGGAACGAUAUGCGAUCAAAAAGGCAUCGACCGCCACCCAAGGAGCAACCACGGUCAUCCAGCAGUGACAGCACGAGAGGCCCUCACGAGGUCGCAAGCGCUCCUUGUUCGCCUCCAGAAUCACAGCCUCCGAUGAGCAUAGCAGCAACAACGCCACCAGAACCGAUUGAGAUGCUGGUCAGCGAUAUUGCCCCUGAAGAAGUAAAUCAAACAAUUCCCGAAGAGCUCUACGAAGAGCCAAUCGAUCAAGCGGACCCUAAUAACCUAGCUUUCGAGAAUUUCAUUGCUGAACUCUUUGAAAAUUCCGGGUCGAGAAGCGCGGUCCCUAUGGAUGAACCAUCUCCAGAGCUGGAUUUCUGUCCCGUGAACGAUCCAUCUCACCACGAUGCCCUGGUACCAGUCCACCAAGAUACAAUAGGUAUGAACGCUCCCCACGCAGGGACGUAUAUGCCAUACACGAUGGUUCCAUCACAAACACGCCUCGUGCUUCCUCCUGGACUUUUCCCCAAUUCAUCAGCUAUGGGUCACCUGUCGCCCAAUUCAGGACAGUCGUCAAUAUUCUCUGAGCAUGUAGAAGCUCUUGAGCUGCAAGCCCGCUGCAAAUUGGAUGUAGCACCAGACGAGAUAUCGCGUCAGAUAGCUUACAAACACUGCACUGCCAUCAUGUCUCUUUUCAUUGCUAACGCCUGGCCGCGGACGCACUCCGUCUGGUUCAAAUCCCAGGUUCCAGAGAUUAUCGGACCUAUUCUCCUCUGGCGAAUUCAUCCCACGGCCGAAACUUAUAAGAAUCUGCUACCUGACUAUAGACCUACUCAGGAUCAGCUGACUGUGCCGCAUUCUGCAAUCAUUGAUUGGAUUCCUUAUGCUGAUUUGAGAGAUCGCGUGAUAAUGUACUAUAAUCACAGCGUGGUUCUGGACCGUCUCAUGUGCGACAUGAUGAACAGCUACGUGAUUGAAGUCAACGAUCUCUCCCGGAUCUUACCACAGGCUCCCCCUGUCAGGGCAUACUUUGGGAUAUGGAACGUUUACAGUGCUAUUGAUGCUGCCAGCUCAUCUUUGAUGAGGAGUAGUUCUGCGUUUCAAGCCCACUCUUCUUUUCUGGAGACUGGACCCGAUUUCAUCGAUACACAACAUGAUGAAGCUGGGCAGAGUUUCGAUGACACCACAAAUGCGUUCCGGGAUCUGCUUUUCAGCAGCAUGUCGCCAUAUUCUGCCCCGAAUGACCGGAUCGAAUACCAAAAUUCGCACCAUCACGACAGAUCGAACUCAUUCAACUUGCUUGAAAUCCUCACAACACCCGCGCUAGUUCUGAAGCUGUCGCAUGACAUUCGCCUAUAUGCAGCCAAGUCAUGGCGAUUUGAUCCGGGCCUGUUUGAGAAGUGGCCAGAACUGAAGUUUGAGGGGUAUGAGGCGAUCGUUGCAAAAGGGAGAUCCUACCGAAUUCCUACCGCACCACCAGAUGCACCAAUUCGAAUGACAGAGGCAACGAAAGUGGUGUACCAAGAAGCUCUACAAAAUUUAGCUUAGGAGUCAGGAUCUGUUUUGUGACAUUAUUUUCCCGUGUAUGCCUAAGGUUCUCUAUUUAGAAUGAAACUUAUCCUGCCUCAGAAGCAGCUUGUUCAUAAAUAUCGAUUUAAUCUGGAC